UCAUAAAAAUUCUAUUUAUAAACCGGAUAACCCGAAAAAUUGAAUUACCUGAAUAUUUUUAUUUGGUUGAUAAAUAAUUUAGUUAACCAAAAGUAUAAAUUAUGUAUAUAAUUAUUUAUUUAAAAUAUAUAUAUAACUAUGUUUAAUAUAACACAUAGUACCAAAACUAUUUUCAAAAUAAUAUUAUGUUUUAAAAUGAGUAAAUUUUGUUCUAAAACACAAUUCUACUGCUAACCUAUUUUAAAGUAUUGAUAUAGUGUUAAUACAUAACUAUGUGUUUUCAAAGUUUUUAGAAGUUAUCACUAACCGAUUUAUAAUUAGUUAGACUAAAUAUUUAACAGAACCAAAGAUAAAUAGCAAUUUUCUGAAAAUAUAGCAGGUGGAAAGAUUGAACCGGUUUUAUGUAGACCAUAAUCAUAUAUAUGGAUUCGUAUAAGAACUGGUUUGGUAUUAAAUAAUACAACCAAUUUGGAAUAUUAAAUUGUGACAAACAUCCUUUAGUUUCUGAAUGAUAAUGCUGAAGUGUUCAUAUAUAUAACAUGGUUAAUGAGAUCAGUUUAGUUAAUAAGGUUGGUAUAAAAUAAUGGUUGAUCUCUGUAAAAGAUGCAAUUUUUUUUACAAUGGAUAUUGUAUUAUGUUUAUAGUCUCCAAAGAUAUUUACUAUUAAAUAAAUCACAAGUAACCAUUACAAAUAUAGGGUGGACAUUAUUUAAUAAUAACACAAAAUAAUUAUGAUGGAAUAAUGUGUAUAUAAUAAAUGUAUAUGUAGAGAAUUAAGUUAGGAUCAUUUUUUAUGACUAAUUUGUCUUUAGUGAAAAAUAAUGAAGUUAGUAGUAUGAGAAAUAAUAGGAAUUCUAGUUAAAUGAAAUGGUCCAACUAUGACUUAUUUUAAGUAGAUUUUUAAGACUUCUUCCCUUUUAAUAGUAUUGAUGGUGCUCUAAUAUCCUACUUCUUAUCAGGGGUUCACAAGAAUUAGCGGUCCAUAUGCAUAUUUUUUAUUUGCCAUUACAUUACGAACUUAUAUACUAAUAUGUUGAGUUUUGGAACAAUAUAGCUUGUAGUCUUGUAGAAAAAUUUGGACAACAAGUGAUCAAAUCAUACACGCUCUAGUUUUGUGGAUGGCUGAAGCCUAUAAAGUUGUAACUUGUAAGCCCACAAGGCCAAUAAAACUCCACAAGGAUGAGGUUUUUAUAUUGAGCCAAACCCAAUUCAAAAAUCCAAUUUGGAUUUAGUAAAUCGAAUCAAACCAAAAUUUUAUUUUUUCAAACGAGAAUCAAACCAAAAAUUUAAUGAUCAAAUAAAAUCUAAAACUGAACUGCAAAUGAUUUUAGAUUUACAGACAAAAGCCUACAAAAGAAAAAGAUAUAUAGACAAAAAAUUUACCGUUAAAAUUUCAAAAAAAAAAAAAAAUUCAAGUCAAUAAAUAAAAAUAUUUUCAUAUCAACAAAAAUCAAUCAUGCAAUAAAUUUCAAUAACCGACUUAAUAAAACUUGUUCAGAAAGCGAGUCAAGUAUCUCCAACUCCAAGCCACAUGAUGAUGAGGUUCUGACGUAAUAAUAAGAACAAGUCAUUGUUUAAAAAAUUUCAAAGACCGAAACACACCAUAGCUCCGCCACAUCUCCAGUUUCCCGAUGAAGCGAGUCGUGAGGAUAUCAUUCACCGACGUGGAGGCCACCGAUUCUUCCAGCAGCGAAGACGAUCAGACGAACACCGAAUCGCCGUCGCCACGAAAAGGGAAGAGGUUCGUCAAGGAGAUCGUCAUCGACCCAUCCGAUUCCGCCGAGGUGAGAAAGACGCGGUUUAAGAUCAGGAUUCCGGCGAGGCUUACGAAGAAGUUCCGAGGUGUGAGGCAGAGGCCGUGGGGGAAAUGGGCGGCUGAGAUCAGGUGCGGUAAAGCUCACGGUGGAAUUCGCAACGGGGGACCUGUUCGUCUUUGGCUUGGGACAUUCGAAACCGCCGAGGAAGCUGCUUUGGCUUACGACAAGGCCGCGAUUCGGCUUAUUGGGCCUCACGCGCCGAUCAAUUUCGGCCCAGAAUCUCCGGCUGUGAAGCAAGAUUCCGUUGCGGGGGACUGAUGAUUCUCUUUCUUUUCUUUUGUAAAAAGUGAUCAUUUUUACCUUUUAACAGCAAGUUCUCUCUUUGUACAUGCAAUAUUUGAAGUUACUAAUUUCUCAUUCCAGAUUCUUGGUUUAAUUAUCAUAUAUAUAAUUGUACAUUUGUGAUCUUAUUUUUGUGUUCUUUUUUGACUUAUAUGUGAGACCCUUUAGCUGUUG